GGAAACCUCCAGAUAUUCGCAAUGGCUGCUGCUCGGACUCUUCGCAUAGGUCUCAUCCCCGGUGACGGUAUCGGACGGGAGGUCAUCCCGGCCGGUAAACGGAUCCUGGAAUCCCUACCUUCUUCUCUGAACCUGAAGUUCAACUUCGUUGACCUCGAGGCGGGUUACGACUGCUUCAAGAAGAACGGUACUGCUCUGCCCGACAAGACCGUUGAGGUCUUGAAGAAGGAAUGUGAUGGUGCUCUCUUCGGAGCUGUCAGCUCCCCGUCCACCAAGGUCGCCGGUUACUCUUCCCCCAUCGUCGCUCUCCGCAAGAAGCUCGACCUCUUCGCCAAUGUCCGCCCCGUUAAGACCACCCUCGGCAGCAGCACCGGGAACCCCAUUGACCUCGUCAUUGUCCGAGAGAACACCGAGGACCUCUACGUGAAGGAAGAGAGCACUGAACAGACCCCCAACGGCAAGGUCGCCCGGGCCAUCAAGCAGAUCUCCGAGCGCGCCUCGUCCCGCAUCGCUACUAUUGCUGGUGAAAUUGCUCUUCGCCGCCAGAAGAUCCGCGAUGCCACCCCUGCCUCCGGCCUCCGCACCAAGCCCAUGGUCACCAUCACCCACAAGUCCAACGUCCUCUCGCAGACCGAUGGUCUCUUCCGCGAGACCGCCCGCGCCGCCCUCGCCGCUCAGCAGUUCUCCUCCGUCGAGAUCGAGGAGCAGAUCGUCGACUCCAUGGUCUACAAGCUCUUCCGCCAGCCCGAGUACUACGAUGUGAUUGUUGCCCCUAACCUCUACGGAGACAUUCUGUCCGACGGUGCCGCCGCUCUCGUCGGCAGCUUGGGUCUCGUGCCCAGCGCCAACGUUGGUGACGGCUUUGCCAUCGGAGAACCUUGCCACGGUAGUGCCCCCGACAUCGAGGGCAAGAACAUUGCCAACCCCAUUGCUACUCUGCGCAGUGUUGCCCUCAUGCUCGAGUUCUUGGGCGAGGAGAAUGCCGCAGCUAAGAUCUACGCCGCUGUCGAUGGCAACCUGGAUGAGGGCAAGUAUCUGUCCCCCGACAUGGGCGGAAAGGCCUCCACCACCGAGGUUCUGGAAGAUGUGCUCAAGAGACUGUAAAGUGCGCGUAUAUAUUGAGUUAGACAGUUCUAGUACUUAUGUAAACGAAUAAAAGUUGAGGUUUACAGCGCUCUGGGUUUUUAUGAAGUUUCGAUUCAACUACUACCUGGUUGGAGCGCAAAUCCAAAACUGUCCACAACAUCGCACCUCCCUCACGAGCUCCCUGACGAAAGUAGCACCUGACAUCUAUGGACUAUUCAGUUACUGCGAUGGGAAGGCGCGAUGGGCGUCGGGCCGACCCCCGUCGCACCUGCCUUGCGGAGGAAAUCAAAUAUUGCGUGCAUGGAAGGUGCGCUGGACUGUUAUCAGAAUCGGAAGGUGCCAGCAAUACCCCUAGAGAAAGGAUUACAUGGCUUAAUGAGUUUUGAAUAAUCGAACAAUGCCCG